AUGCAACAGCAACUACAGCAACAAAAGCAACAACGAGAGGAAGAAGAAGAGAAGGUGCAUACCGUGAUGGACGCGGUUCAAGUGUCGAAGGCAGAGGGGGAUGCAUCUGAAUAUGGCGAAGCAGAAUCUGCACCUAUAGAUGUACAUUUGGGAGUGAAGGAAGGAAUGGUGCACAGCAGCCGUGCAACGGAGCCCGCGAUGCGUGGAUCGGUUCACCACGCCACAGCGCUGCAGACACCGGUUAUGCGAACACCAUCGCGUCUUCUUCUUCUUCCUCCUCCUCCUCCUCUACGGAACGCCUCGCUAACGAAGAGGUUCCUCCCGUUGCUCCUUACCACCGGUUUGCUGGACACCUGCAUAGAUUCACACCACGCUGAACGGACGCCCUCCUCAUCUACAGAGACGAAUACGCAGUUACGACAGGCUAUUACUGGCAGGCGAACAGACCACCUCACUACCACAAGCUCCUGCCUCAUGAGGAGUGUGAAGGUAGCGGAUCCGAGCAACAGCCGCAUGCACAACUUCUUGGAUUGGCCACGAUAUGCGCACACUCAGCCACCCACUGGCCAGACCAUUGCAAAUUCCAGACAUGCUUCACCUUAA